CCCCCCCCCCCCCCCCCCCCCCCCCCCCCCCCCCCCCCCCCCCCCCCCCCCCCCCCCCCCCCCCCCCCCCCCCCCCCCCCCCCCCCCCCCCCCCCCCCCCCCCCCCCCCCCCCCCCCCCCCCCCCCCCCCCCCCCCCCCCCCCCCCCCCCCCCCCCCCCCCCCCCCCCCCCCCCCCCCCCCCCCCCCCCCCCCCCCCCCCCCCCCCCCCCCCCCCCCCCCCCCCCCCCCCCCCCCCCCCCCCCCCCCCCCCCCCCCCCCCCCCCCCCCCCCCCCCCCCCCCCCCCCCCCCCCCCCCCCCCCCCCCCCCCCCCCCCCCCCCCCCCCCCCCCCCCCCCCCCCCCCCCCCCCCCCCCCCCCCCCCCCCCCCCCCCCCCCCCCCCCCCCCCCCCCCCCCCCCCCCCCCCCCCCCCCCCCCCCCCCCCCCCCCCCCCCCCCCCCCCCCCCCCCCCCCCCCCCCCCCCCCCCCCCCCCCCCCCCCCCCCCCCCCCCCCCCCCCCCCCCCCCCCCCCCCCCCCCCCCCCCCCCCCCCCCCCCCCCCCCCCCCCCCCCCCCCCCCCCCCCCCCCCCCCCCCCCCCCCCCCCCCCCCCCCCCCCCCCCCCCCCCCCCCCCCCCCCCCCCCCCCCCCCCCCCCCCCCCCCCCCCCCCCCCCCCCCCCCCCCCCCCCCCCCCCCCCCCCCCCCCCCCCCCCCCCCCCCCCCCCCCCCCCCCCCCCCCCCCCCCCCCCCCCCCCCCCCCCCCCCCCCCCCCCCCCCCCCCCCCCCCCCCCCCCCCCCCCCCCCCCCCCCCCCCCCCCCCCCCCCCCCCCCCCCCCCCCCCCCCCCCCCCCCCCCCCCCCCCCCCCCCCCCCCCCCCCCCCCCCCCCCCCCCCCCCCCCCCCCCCCCCCCCCCCCCCCCCCCCCCCCCCCCCCCCCCCCCCCCCCCCCCCCCCCCCCCCCCCCCCCCCCCCCCCCCCCCCCCCCCCCCCCCCCCCCCCCCCCCCCCCCCCCCCCCCCCCCCCCCCCCCCCCCCCCCCCCCCCCCCCCCCCCCCCCCCCCCCCCCCCCCCCCCCCCCCCCCCCCCCCCCCCCCCCCCCCCCCCCCCC